AUGCCGAGGAGAAAGCAGCAAGAGCCGCGGCGCUCAGCAGCGUACAUGCCAGAAGAUGAGCUUAAGGCAGCCCCACAUGAAGAGGAAGAACACCUGCAGGACGACGGCCUCUCAUUGGACGGUCAGGACACGGAGUUCAUGUGCAACGAUGAAGAUGACGACUUAGACGGAGGCCAAUUACCAAGUUAUAGAGACUCUCCCCUCAGCAAUGGCACAAACCCUGAUGCAGGAUAUGGCUCUCCCCUCAGCGAUUCCAGUGACCGGCUUGCUGAUUUCAAGAGCACCUCUUCCCGUGACGGUCAGGAGAGGGAUGCCAAUGCUCUUCGUCCCAACGGUAACAAGAGCAGUGGCACCAGUAUCGUGAGCAGUCAACAUAAUGGUAAAGGAUUGGGCUCUGCUGUCAACCACACUAGCAACUCCACUUGCACGACCAAUGGUGUAGCAGUGAGCACGGCGAGCACCCACAGCGCCACCAGCAGCAGUGGGAACAGUGGUGCAGCAGCUAGUAAUGGUACUGGUGUAGCUUAUGACUGGCACCAAGCAGCACUGGCCAAAACUCUUCAGCAAACACCUUACCACCUUUUACCAGAGCCAAGCCUUUUCAGCACCGUGCAGCUCUAUCGGCAAAACAACAAGCUCUAUGGCUCUGUAUUCACUGGGGCAAGCAAGUUCCGCUGCAAAGACUGUAGUGCAGCUUAUGACACACUGGUUGGCCUAACUGUGCACAUGAAUGAGACCGGCCACUAUCGCGAUGACAAUAAAGACAAAGAGGAGGAGCAGGGCAAACGAUGGUCCAAACCACGUAAGCGCUCCCUUAUGGAGAUGGAGGGGAAAGAGGAUGCUCAAAAGUCAAUCAUGAACACGCAUCUGGGUAAGGCCCCCAAACCCGUGAGUCCUGCGGUAGACCCGCUCUCAAUGCUUUAUAAAAUCAGCAACAGCAUGAUAGAUAAGCCAGCAUUCACCUCCAACUCUCAGGGCAAGUCUGCUGAGCCCAUUAGCCACUAUCAGAUCUAUGACAACACUGACCAGCCAAUUGAUCUGAUGUCCUCUCCUCUGAGAGAAAACGCCCUGAUGGACAUUUCAGAUAUGGUAAAGAACCUCACCGGAAGAUUAACUCCCAAAUCCUCUACCCCCUCCUCUAUCUCUGAGAAGUCGGAUGCUGAGGGUAGUGCAUUUGAGGAUGCAAUGGAGGACUUGUCUCCUGUCCAAAAAAGGAAAGGGAGACAGUCCAACUGGAACCCGCAGCACCUGCUCAUUCUGCAGGCUCAGUUUGCCUCAAGCCUCAGAGAGACCUCAGAGGGCCGAUAUGCAAUGACUGACCUGGGGCCUCAGGAAAGGGUCCACAUCUGUAAGUUCACUGGCCUCUCUAUGACCACCAUUUCCCACUGGCUAGCUAAUGUCAAGUAUCAACUAAGGCGGACUGGCGGAACCAAGUUUCUGAAGAACAUGGAUUCAUGCCAGCCUGUAUUCCUCUGUGGGGACUGUGCCUCUCAGUUCAGGACUCCUGCCUCCUACAUUAACCACCUGGAGUCUCACCUGGGCUUCAGUCUGAAGGACCUGUCCAAACUGUCAUCUGAUCACCUUCGGGAGCAGCAGGCUGCCUCUAAGGUGAUCACAGACAAACUGACUUUCAGCACCCCCCUGUCCAUGAGCACUGCGGAGGAGGAGGCGGGCUCUGUGUACCAGUGCAGACUUUGCAAUCGGACAUUUGUUAGCAAACACGCCGUCAAACUCCACCUCAGCAAGACCCAUGGUAAAUCUCCAGAAGACCACUUGGUCUUCGUCACUGCUCUGGAGAAACUGGAAAAGCUGGGGAAAAUGGAGAAGGUGCAGGUGUGA